AUGCAAAGUGAGAUAGAUGCACUCUGGGCUUUUCUUGGUGGCAUAGAUAGCAUGAAGUUUUAUGUUGAGUUUGCUAAAUUACAUGGAAAUACAGGAAGUUUCUUUGACGGUCUCAAAAAUUUAUGGGGUAAAGUAACAUAUAAUACAAAGAAACUAACUAACUGGGCACUCAAACGUAAAAAUAUGUUCGACGGACUUGCUUACAACCCUCGUCUCGGAAUUAUUGAACCAAUUAAUUUACAUCCUUUAAUGGCAGCAAGAGAUUUAGAUGAAGGAGGACAAGUGGUUCAAACAAUUGUUGAAAAUCUACUGAAUAUAUAUCCUGAGUUUAAAGAAGUUUUAACAGCAACAAACACAACAAUUCGUGAAAACUGUAUAGUGUUUAACACUGAAGAUAAUAUUUUAGACUAUAUGUUCGUUGUUUUAGGUCAGUUAGCUAAGACAAUAAAAGAGAAAGGUAUUGACUCAGUCAUAACAGUUGAAGAUGUAAUGUUAAGAAAGACUUUUGACUCAUUGUUUCAAGAACCAAAAGAAGUAGUUAGUCUUUAUGAAGUUUUGAACGCAAUGCUGACAAAAAUAAAUGAAAGUGACACUGGUAACAUAAGUGAAGCAAAAGUUGUUGAACUUCUUUCACAAAAAGCAGAUAAAAACCAUGUUCAUUAUAUAAGUUCAGACGAACAGAUUAUAACGGACUACCAUGGAUAUUUAACACGAAGUGAUGAAGCGAAGACAAAAAAUGUUAAUGAAAGAAGAUAUAAAUUCAUUCGUGCUAAAGGUUAUGACAUACACUGUACUGUACAGUAUGACACAGGUAAAGCACAAGAAACAUUUGGUUAUAACAAUGAAAUUUAUGCUUCAUACUUCUUUGUUAACGGUGUAUUAGUUGAACCAAGAUUUACAUUGAGAGUUAAGGCAAAAAUAACUUUUGAAGAUGCUAUUAAAAGUAAAGCUGACAAAGUUGAACUUGACGCAACGAACAAAGUUUUGAAAUCUCAUAAACACAAUAUCUCCGAUAUAAAUGAACUUCAAGCUACAUUAGACAGUAAAGCCGACAAGAACCAUACACAUGAAUCCUUCACUACUGUUAGAGCAGACGACAUAAUAUUGAACUAUACCCUUGGUUCAAGUGCACCUUUAGAGAAUCCAAGUACAAGCGUAAAAGAUACACUAAACUCCUUAAAUAGUAAAUGUAUGAACAUUGAAG